ACUUAUUAGCACCCACACUAAACUAUAGCCCCUGACACCCAGCUCUAGUGCGCAAAAACUCCGACACAGCACUUGCUGAACGGGAUAAAGAGGUACGUCGGGUCGCAAUGCUAAUUCACGUGAGCUAAACGCGGGCAACAAAAUGAGUAUGUUGCAUAUGUGUGAGGCGAUUAUCGUGUCAGUUUUCCCGCUUUCUGCGCGAGCUAACUGUUAGCAUACUGAGGGGAACAGAGCUAAUAACAGAACCGACUGUAAGCCAGCCCUCUCACGUCCGACAAGCAGUAGGUAAACUUACUUGUAAACUUUAUUCUGGAAAACUUCAAAUAUAACGCUUGCUGUUUUCAUUUAAAUAUGUCGUGAAUACCGACGCGAACACCAUUACUUUUCGUAAAAGUUAGCGCGAGUUGUCCGCGCGAGAAGACAUUCAGUUCAACCGUCACUAUCAGCUAAGCAGCUAACAAAGAGGCCAGUUGGACAAGGAGUUGAAGGGAUGUCAAAAAGUGAGACAGAGGAGAUGAUUGAAAUUGAGAUUGAUGGACGGGAGAAACAGGAGUGUCUAGAGGAAGGGAUCGAGGAGCAGACCAUCACAGCAGCUGAACUAAUAACUCAAGACAUUGACAUCAAUGAGCCGAUCGGUAACCUGAAGAAGUUACUAGAGCCUCGUUUUCAGGUCUCUCUGGAUGGAUAUGACAUUUGUCUGCAGGACAUCCUAUUGCAUCCUGAUCACAGUCUGUUCGAUCAAGGAGUGAAAACAGAUGGUACAGUACAGCUCAGCGUGCAGAUUGUCACGAAACAGGGUGAAGAAAAAUUGAAUAUUCUGGAGAUUGUGAAACCAGUGGAGACUGUGGAGGUGGUGAUCGAUCCAGACGCGGCUGCUGGUGAGGAAGGCCAUCUGGUGGAGGAUGGACACGUGAUUGCGGUGGAGCGAGCCGCCAUUCCUGAUGAGACUUCAGAGCAGGUGACCCGCUGGGCGGCCGCGUUGGAAGGGUACCGCAAGGAGCAGGUUCGACUGAACAUUCCCUAUGACCCAGUGCAGUGGACAGCAGAUCAGGUGAUCCACUGGGCAGUUUGGGUUAUGAAAGAGUUCGGCAUUGAGGAAAUGGAGGUGGGUGGCAUUCACAUUCCCGGCCGCCAGCUCUGUGGUUUCAGCCAGGAGGAGUUCCUCCAGAGAGUGCCCAGCGGAGAGAUCCUGUGGAGCCACCUGGAGCUUCUACGCAAGUACGUACUUGCGAGUCAGGAUCAGGGUCAGGAAGCAACCGUCACCAUUGAUCAACCUGUGAAGAUCAUUCCUGCCCCUGUGCAGCAGGCCACACCUACAGCCAUCAAGGUGAUGAAGCACAACAAAACACCCCGAGCCCCCCGUAUCUCAGGAGAGGAGCGCAGCUCCCCUGGCAACCGCACAGGUAAUAACGGUCAGAUUCAACUGUGGCAGUUUCUUUUGGAGCUGCUGACUGACAAGGACUCUCGGGACUGCAUUUCCUGGGUGGGAGAGGAGGGCGAGUUCAAACUCAAUCAGCCUGAGCUGGUAGCUCAGAAAUGGGGUCAGCGCAAGAACAAGCCCACCAUGAACUACGAGAAGCUAAGCAGAGCUCUCAGGUACUACUAUGAUGGAGACAUGAUCAGCAAAGUGCAGGGCAAGCGCUUUGUCUACAAGUUUGUGUGCGACCUGAGGACUCUGAUCGGAUACAGCGCUGCAGAGCUCAACAGCCUGGUGACGGAAUGUGAGCAGAAGAAACUCGCCCGGGUGCAGCUGCACAGCCUCGGUCAGUCCGUCAACACAGUCACGCUGGCCACUGCCACAGGCCAGCCCGUCACAACAGUUACUCUGGCUGCAGCAGCUUUGGAGAAGGACAGUUGAGGAGGGAGUGGCUUGUUACUCCCAGCCAAUCAGGAGACAAGUUUAAGAUGGGAGCGAUCUGGGUUCAACAUUUGACUUUGGGCUGGGUGGGAAACAGCGGGUUUAUAAGCAGACGUGUGCUUUGUUGUGAGUGUGUAUGUAUGUGUGAGCAUCCUUAAAAUGCUUAGAGAGCGAAUGUAUGUGUGGAUGUGAGACACAAAGUAUAGAUGAUCAUGUAUGAGCUUUCAGUUUUUGUACGCUUGUUCUGACUGCAGGGUAGCAUCGGCUAUAUUUCCAUUGUAUAUACUCUGUUUUUGAUAGCCACAUGGGCAGUGUAUUUUGAUAUUUUCCAUUUGUAAAGGAUCUUUUAUUUUGUAUUUUUAAGUGUCCAAUUCCCUCGAGGUGAGGUACUUUUUACAGUCCACCAGAGGGCAAUAAAGAGACAGUUGGUUUUUGAA